GCCAUCUUUUCCAUUAACACACAUUUUUUGGAAAUAAUAUUGUUCUGUCAAAUUGAUUAUUCUUGUCAGAAGUUUUUCUUCCUCACGGUGCUUCACUUACCAACCAGAAAUCUUUUCGGUUUUGCAAAAUCAAACUCAAAAUGAACGUAUCAAGGGCCGUCAUUCGUCAAUUUGCUACCAGCAAUGUUGUCAGAUCCGGAGGUGAAGUCCACAAGGGAUACGCAAAGUUGAAGGACGUCCAACAGAAAUUCCAACAACCCGAUGGCAAGCCAGUAUUCCUUAAGGGAGGCGCCAUGGACCAAGUCCUCUACCGAUUCACUGUUCUCUUGUGUUUGGGCGGAGUUGGAGGCAUGGUCAAAUUGUUCUGGGAUUUGAGUGUUCCCAAAACAGAAUAGAUUCUAAGCAUCCUUAACCAAAAACAAACAAAAUCAUCCAUCUAUUUAUAUUUCUAUGUUUUAGUCUUGUCUGUUCAAAGUGUUCCCUUUUACCUACUUUUGUGUAAAGGCAUUCCACGGAAACGAAGAAUGAUUGGAUACAUUCUAUGACUGCAUUUAAAACAGAGAAAUAUAUUUUGAAAUUAGUGAUAAAAUUAAAAUGA